AGUAGGACAGGAAUGGCGCUGGGCAUGAUACCUGCAUGAAGCGAGUCAGCGGGAUUUAAAGGGUGUUUACUGGGCGUCUUGGCUUCUAGUCGCCGCCAAGUUUUGCAUUGCAUUGAUGUGCAGGAAGACUCGCAAGAUUUGCAUUUACAAAAUAAAGAAAAGGAGAGAGGGGGGCGGUGGUGGAGAAGGAGGAAGGAUUCAAGGGAAAUAAAAGCAAAUCUCUCUCAUUAAUAGGAAAUGGAAACUUUCGGGUCAAUAGACAAGCAGCUUCGACUGGAGAAUCACAGCAGCCCAGUGGAUUACUUGCACCAGAGGUACGCCAGUACUUACGAAAAUACUUUCAACUCGUGGAAUGAUUACUUGGGGUUGAGCACUCUGGUGGGGAAGGCUGUGAGUAAGGGGGGGAAGAGCGGACUGCACCCGGCCAGGGAACUGAAGCUGCAGUCCCGGGCACCGUGUAUCAGCCACUCCCUGGAGCUCCGGGGGCUCGGCUUCUGCUCCCACCACGACGCGCUGCUCGGCUCCGAGUUGGAAGGCAGCUUCAGCCCUUUUUCGGCUUACCCCGCGGCCGGGGAGCCCUUACCCCAUCAGCAGCAGCAGCGCCUGGAGCGGGAGCAAGGGGGCGACUCGUCCUGGAACCGAGUGGAUGUGAUCAUGAUGGAGAACAGGAGCCACCUGCAACUCGCCCACUACCAGCAGCAGCAGCAGCCUCUCCCUCCAGCUCCAGCACCACCUCCUCCUCCUGCUGCUGUCCACAGAACCACCAGGGCUAAGGCCGAGCUGCAGAUCUGCGUCUUCUGCAGGAACAACAACGAGUCGGUCACCUUGUACACCACCCACAUCCUGAAGAGCCCCGAUGGCAGGGUGCUCUGCCCCAUCUUGAGGCGGUACACUUGCCCGUUGUGUGGUGCCAACGGGGACAACGCGCACACCAUCAAAUACUGCCCACUCUCCAAGCUCCAGCCCAGUAUCCCAAAGGUGAAGACUAGAAACUGCGUUAGCAAGAGGGCCCGUUAAUAAGGAACUAUCGCCCCUAUUACAAACAAGGAAGGCAUUGUGAACCCAAUUUACCCCCCACUCCCCCAGGCUUUGUAGACUAAUACGUGGACAUUUUAUUAAGACUAUAUAUUUUGAGUCUGGGAAUAAUCGUUUUAUAGUGACUGAAUGUACUCUUUGUCUAAAUUUGUUUACAAUCUAAUGUUUCUGGUGGAAUAUCUAGCCCAGAAAUCUACCUCAGUUAUAUAAAAUAUAUAGUUUAUGGAACUAAGAGAGCGCCAUAAUUUUUUUCUUUUGCAAAAUCUACGGCGUGCAUUUCAUCUUCGGAGAAUUUAA